GCUACUAAAAAAAAAAAGCAGGCCAAGCUCAUACUCCUAUAUGACAUCACCCCUAAUCACCGUUUCGUACUCUCGCUUCGCCCCCUUUAUUUAAUCUCUAAUUAUUUCCGUUUUCACUGUCGUAGCUAAUUUCGCCCGAUCCUUCCUUCACCGACUACCAUCCCUGCACUCCAAGAACUCUUAUUGCUUACCAAAAUAAAAUUUCGCGCGAGUUUGGAUUGACCAACGGGGAUUCUCCUGUUUCCCCCACCUCUCUCGCUCGGCGAAAUUUCGGCCUGGGUUCCGCCGAUUUGGGCCUCCGGGAAUGGAGCGCCGCGGGUUGCUAAAGGCGGCUAUUUUCUUGUGCUUGCUUGCGCUUUGCUCCGGGAGAGAACUUACGAUCAAACAUCGCCCUUCCACUACCAUAUAUAACUCAACUCUUGCCAAGAUACUCGUGGAAUACGCCUCUGCUAUCUAUACUGCUGAUUUGACACAAUUGUUUACUUGGACAUGUGCUAGAUGUGGUGACAUGAUCAAGGAGUUCGAGAUGAUAGAGAUCAUUGUAGAUGUCGAGAAUUGCUUGCAGGCAUACUUUGGUUUUGCUAGUGAUAUCAAUGCUGUUGUUGUUGUGUUCAGAGGAACUCAAGAGAACAGCAUCCAGAAUUGGAUAGAGGAUUUGUUAUGGAAACAACUUGAUCUUGACUACCCUGGCAUGCCUGAAGCAAUGGUGCACCGAGGAUUUUAUGAUGCUUAUCAUAACACAACAUUACGUGAUGGAGUAGUCAAUGGUAUUCAAAAGACUCGGAAAUUGUUUGGAGAUGUUCCAAUCAUGAUCACAGGGCAUUCAAUGGGUGGAGCAAUGGCUUCAUUUUGCGCACUUGAUCUUGUUGUGAACUAUGGGCUAGAUGGUGUGAAACUAAUGACUUUUGGGCAACCUCGCAUUGGCAAUGCUGCUUUCGCUUCUUAUUUCAAGAAAUACUUGCCUCAUGCAAUUCGAGUUACUCAUGCCCACGAUAUUGUUCCUCACCUGCCACCAUACUUCUCAUUCUUCCCGCAGAAGACCUAUCAUCACUUCCCAAGAGAGGUGUGGAUCCAUAACGUUGGACUAGGAAGCCUAAUUUACUCUGUAGAGCAGAUCUGCGAUGAUUCUGGCGAAGACCCAACAUGCAGCAGGUCUGUAACUGGAAGCAGCGUACAAGACCAUAUAUACUAUCUCGGAGUCAGUAUGCAUGCAGAAAACUUGAGCACCUGCAGAAUCGUCAUGGACUACAGCAAAUUGCAGUAUCAGAUGGACCUCAAUGGUAACGUCAUCUUGUCGAAGCAACCCGGUUUGUUAAAUGACAGAGGAUUCAGUGCCCAGUAAACCAAUGUAAGAUAUAUAUAGUAUGACAGCAUCACGAACCAGUGUUAUUGAGAGCUAGAACUGCACAGCUGUUCCUGCCUCCCCAGUGUGUGAUGCUCACUAUUAAAUUGUUCUUGCAUCCAAAGAGGAGGAUGGAACGAACAUGCUGGGUUUGAAGAUGCUAGCUGUAAAUGUGAUCUCGUAAUGUAAAUCAUUGUUCAGUUCACAAAUGUAUACUCUGUUUGGCA